AUGUAUAUCCGUGCCGCCCACGCCGAAGCAGACCUCCACGUCCUUCGCCGUCUCAUCCACGAAAACCCCCUCGGAAUGCUCACAACCGGAAUAAAAUCCCAAACCUACUCCUUUCUCCAAAGCAGUCACAUCCCUUUUCUUCUCGACGUAAAAGAUGAAUCCAGCGAAACAGAACUCGGUCGUCUCCGCGGCCACUUGGCCCGUCAAAACCCCCAAAGCAAAGCCAUGAUAGAACACUGCACCGCAGACCCCUCUUUAAAAAGCUAUCUCGAAGAUGAAGUCCUAGUAAUCUUCACAAAGCCGGCUCAUCAUUACGUUACACCGAAAUUCUAUACAGAGACAAAACCAGCGACUGGAAAAGUUGUGCCGACGUGGAAUUACGCUGCGGCGCAGGUUUAUGGAAAAGCGAGGAUUUACUAUGAGAACAAUGAAGAGACGUCUUCGUUUCUGGGGAAGGCGAUUUCUGAUCUUACGGAUCAUAAUGAGAGGAAUACGAUGGGGUAUACGGGUGGUGAUAAACCAAGCCAGUGGAAGGUGUCCGAUGCGCCGGAGAAGUAUGUUGAGUUGUUGAAGAGGAAUAUUAUUGGGAUUGAGAUUGAGGUUACCAAGUUGGAGGGCAAGUUUAAGAUGAGUCAGGAGAUGGGGCAGGGGGAUAGGGAAGGUGUUAUUAAGGGUUUUGAGGGAUUGGGGACGGAGGUUGGGGAUGAGGUUGCGAGGGUUGUCAAGGAGCGUGGGGAGUUGAAGGAUCAGAAGAAGUGA